UAAAUUUGGCAUUAAGUUUUGGUUUGCAGUUGACGUCCAAACAGAAUAUAUUUUGAAUGGUAUCCCUUAUAUGGGGAAAGAUGAAACUCGAUGCUCAAGGGAAAAAAGGACAAGAUGACUUUGUUUUCCUCAAAUUUAUAUAAAUCAGAAAACUGCACGCUUACCGUGUAUAAAAGUAAACCUAACGCAAAAGUCCUCCUUCUAAGCACCAAAAAUACAGAUAUACAAGUAGAAGACAAUUAUAAAGGUGAUCCAGAAACCAUUGCUUUCUAUAAUAAAACAAAGUUUGGUGUGGACGUCGUUGACCAGAUGGCACCCAAAUAUAGUGUGAAAGCAGGGAGUUUCCGAUGGUCCCUUCAAGUUUCUUUUUUCAAUAUUUUAGAUUUGGCAGCGAUAAACGCGUGGAUAUUACGCAAAGAGUGCACCGGAUCGAAAAUAUCCAGAAAGGAGUUCAUAUUUUGUCGAAGAUCAGAUGCUUCGUUUCUGGGUCUUUCAAUGUCAGAAGUGCGAAAAAGUUGCCAAGUGGGCUACUGCAAAAAAAGAUAGAAGAAAUAAUUGUUGCAUAUAUUGCAAAAAGAUCGUAUGCGGAAAAUGCACAAACAAAAUUCAGUAUACUUGUAAAAAGUGUGCUCAAUAAAUAUGAUUACCCUAUAGCGUUAA